CGCGUCACUUCCUGCUGUCUCCCCAGGAAACGUUCCCCUCCCGACCGGGUUGCGGGAACCUUUGUUUCUCGCUUCGGAUGCCGGUUAGGGCGGGGACGGGUUCGAAAAGAGCUGCCGAGCACGGACAGAGUGGCGGGGCGGAGCGGUGUUUGCAAUGGCUGCUACUGUGAACUUGGAACUUGAUCCCAUUUUUCUGAAAGCACUAGGAUUCUUACACUCAAAGAGUAAAGAUUCUGCGGAAAAACUAAAAGCGCUGCUUGAUGAGUCUUUGGCUCGGGGCAUUGAUUCAAGUUAUCGUCCAACUCAAAAGGAUGUGGAACCACCCAAAAUUUCAAGCACAAAAUCUAUUUCUAUCAAACAAGAGCCCAAAACAUCAUCGAGUCUCCCUUCCGGCAGUAGUAAUGGCAAAACCCUCACAACUGAAAAGAUAAAGAAAGACGCUGAGAAGAGACCUGCUGAUAAAAUGAAAGAUGUCACUGAAGGAGUUGAUGUUCCUAAGAAACCUAGAUUGGAGAAACCAGAGACCCGAUCUUCUCCCAUUACUGUCCAAACCAGCAAGGAUUUAGCUAUGGCUGACCUCUCCAGCUUUGAGGAGACUAGUGCUGAUGAUUUUGCGAUGGAGAUGGGCUUGGCCUGUGUUGUUUGUAGACAAAUGACAGUGGCAUCUGGAAAUCAGCUAGUAGAAUGUCAGGAGUGCCAUAACCUCUACCACCAGGAUUGCCAUAAACCCCAAGUGACAGACAAAGAAGUGAAUGACCCUCGCCUGGUGUGGUACUGUGCCCGGUGCACCAGACAAAUGAAGAGAAUGGCUCAGAAAACUCAGAAGCCACCACAGAAGCCAGCUCCCACUGUUGUGUCUGUCGCUCCAACUGUCAAGGAUCCGUUAGUGAAGAAAGCAGACACCAAACUUAAACAAGAGACAGCCUUCCUAGCAUUCAAGAGAACAGAAGUUAAGCCACCCACGGUUAUAUCAGGAAAUUCUUCUGGUAACAACGUGUCCUCUUCAGUAACUAGUGGCCUAACUGGAUGGGCAGCUUUUGCAGCCAAAACAUCUUCGGCUGGGCCAUCAACAGCAAAAUUGAAUUCAACAGCACAAAACAACAGCGGAAAACCUGCUGCUUCAUCAGCUACCCAGAAGCCUGUGGGUUUGACUAGUCUGGCAACAUCAUCCAAAGGUGGAAUCGGUUCCAAAAUGGGCUCUGGUAACUGCUCUUCCCCCACUGUACCAUUAAAACCACUUCCACCUCUAACCUUAGGCAAGACUGGCCUGAGUCGCUCAGUUAGCUGUGAUAAUGUCAGCAAAGUGGGCCUUCCCAGUCCCAGUAGUUUAGUUCCUGGAGGCAGUGGGCAGUUGAGUGGGAAUGGAAAUAGUGCUACUUCGGGGCCCAGCGGAAGCGCUACAAGCAAAACCACGUCAGAACCCAGCAGCAGUGCCUCAGCGUCUCUUAAAGGCCCAACUUCACAGGAAUCACAGCUCAACGCUAUGAAGCGAUUGCAGAUGGUCAAGAAGAAAGCUGCCCAAAAGAAACUCAAGAAGUAGUAUGGCAAGAUAGGUUUUUAUAUCAAUUAUUGCUCUAAAGAUUAAAAAAAAUCCUUAUUGGGACAAAAAGAUAUAAUAUACUGUGACUUAAUAAAAAUCUUGAUGAUCAAAUCUCUAUUGUUUGUUACAUUAAAAUGCUAAUAAUAUUUAGCCAAACUUGGAACCAUUUAUUUCAGUCUGUUUAGCAUUUUUAAUAAUUUCCAUAAUGUGUGAAAAUAGUGAUUAUAAUGACUGAUUCAUGAUGAGAACGUCAUAAGAUUGAUGACAUAUGCAGAUGUAAAGAAAUGGUUCACCUGGCACAAUACUCCAAGAUUUAAAACUCUAAAAUAAGGUACUUUAUGAGUGACAGGGAUUACUCAGUCUAGUGUUUUAUAAUAUUCAGUUCUCUGCCUUAUGGGGAGCUCUCUCCCUCUCUCUCUCCUGUGAACUCUAGCCAUAGCGUCAUCCUGGAUGAGGUGGUCCAAGUCAUUGCCUGCUAAGCUAAUGAAUUAGUCGGCCAUCAGUUCACGUAUAUAUCCUAACAAAGAACAGGAUGCUUUCAGUGUCAGGUCAGUGUGUGUACUACAGAAGAAUGCUGCAUCCUUUUUACAAUCGGCAAACACCUCAUCCUUUCCCGAAACCGAAUCCUAUAGUUUCCUAUAGUCACUGAAUUGAAUUGUCUUAUCACCCUAGAUGUGUGCUACAAAAUCUAAUCUCAAAGCAUUUUUCUUUAUCCCUAGGUUUCCUAACAUCAUUAGUCUAAAAUAAAUGGGUAAAUAUGUAAAGAUAAAACUUAAGUUUUGUCUUUUUCCUGUGGAAAGGUUUUUUAACUACUCUGUUAAAUAUUCGCAUUAAUUUAUUCAUAAUUUAGACCCCAGUACUGAAAUAAACCCAUUUUUUAGAGAUGGAAUAAAUAUCUUGGACAUGCUUAAAAAAAUCUGCCUGUAAAUGUUUUUGUUUUGAGAAACAUCUUUCUGUUGAUAAGAAUUGUUUUGGUAUAAACUCCAAAUCCCCUUUAUAAAGAGUUCAAAAUUGUUUGUUGUUUAUAAUUCAAGUGCAAUUUUGACUUCACAAAAUGAUGUGUCACAAGCUUAUAGCAAAAGCUAUUACAGUCUCUAUCUUGAAAACAUUAGGGAAAAAAUGCUUAAUACAGUUUACUUAUUAGUAUUUGAAGUGAAAAUUUUUACCCCAUCCCAGAAAGUGUGCUGGAGUUGAGAGAAACAACUUUUGAUUUUUGCGUCAUUUCUUGGAAAUUUUAAUGAAUUUACAAAGUAAAUUAUUUUUCAGUGAA